GAAUGUUUCGUGAUUUUUUUAUUAAUACAUAUUGCACAUUGAAAGAAAUGUUCAUCUUGUUCUGAAGUAGUAUGCGCUAUCAAGUUCAUCUCUGGUGUUCUUGAAUCAGAGAGAACGCUGUAGGUCUCAUGCUGUCAAAGCUCUUGCUAAGCGUGGAAGUUUUGAAUGUUAGCACAUGAUAUGGCGCUUAAAAUUGAACGCUUUGCCUGUCCAGGUAAAGGGAAUGGUUUACGGGCUGUGCACAAAGUAAGGGCUGGCGAACUUCUGUUCAAAGCCAGUCCCUUAGCGUGCUGCAUUUCAAAGAAACGCCUGGCUACUGCAUGCCACAACUGUUUUAACACAACUGUAUCAAGGGCUGAAGGCCUGUUGAGAUGUUCCCAGUGCAAGAUGGCUCGAUACUGCAACGCUCGCUGCCAGAAGCAGGCCUGGUCUGAGCAUAAGAGAGAGUGCAGCCGCCUUAAGAGCCUCACACCCAGAAUCCCCCCAGACUCCGUCCGUCUGGCCGCCGGGAUCCUUUUCACAGAGCAGCUAGACACUACCCAGAAUGCAUCAGAAGAGCUGUACUCAUUAGAGGAACACCAGUCUCACCUGGCUGACAUGAGUGAGGAGAAGCAGGAGGGCCUGAAGCAGCUGUGUUUGGUGCUGCAGUUCCUCCUCCAGGAGGACAGAGGGCGCUCUCCCGAGACCUCACCGCCCCCCGGCCUCGACCUGCUCAACCUCCUCGCCAAGGUAGGUCACACCUUUACUCUUCUCAGCUCGCUGUGUGAGGGACAGUGGAACAGGUGUGUGUGUGUGUGCUCAAGAGAGACACCUUAAGACACCUAU